AUGGCGCGGCGGCCAGCAGACUCCUGCCAGCUGCACUUUGGAUAUGUACCGACCCGCGGGUCGGUUAGCCAAACCCACACUGGAAAUGCAAUGAUGGCCGGCGCAGGGGAGGGGCCGUCCAAUCGCGAGCUUAGUUCCGAGACGGGAGAGCCGCUGUCAAAGGCAGGGGCGCCGAAAAGACGUGAACCAGCGGGGAGCCGGCAGCAAUUCCCGCGCCGCGUCAAGGUAACGAAUGACUGGUGCAAGCGCGAAACGUUGGUUGCGGAGCCUCGUCGCCUUGUCGAGUCUGUUUCUGUUUAG